GUAGAGAGUAGCCAUACCGCCGUAAGCUGUGUGUGCAAUUAGAGGAAUAUUUGAAACUCAAAUUGUUACUAUUUUGUGGCUUAAACUAGGAGAGUGGAUCUGUGGCCGUGAUACUGCACCUGGUGUUCAAAGGUCCAUAAAGCUAGCUCGAAGAUGUUAGAUCAAACUCAAAGAAGUACUAUUUAUAUAAAUAACUUAAACGAGAAAAUAAAGAUAGCAGAAUUGAAGAAGUCCUUAUAUGCAGUGUUUUCUCAGUUUGGAGUUAUACUGGACAUUAUAGCUUCAAAGUCACUGAAGAUGCGUGGUCAAGCUUUUGUUGCCUUUAAGGAACUUAGCAGUGCCAGUAAUGCUUUCAGAUCAAUGCAAGGCUUUCCAUUUUAUGAAAAACCAAUGCGAAUUCAGUAUGCAAAAACGGAUUCAGACUGUGUUGCAAGAAUGAAAGGUACUUAUGUUGAACGACCCAAGGUACCUCGACCACCUGAUUCUGGUGAUAGGAAAUCAAAGAAAAAGUCCAAAGAGUUGGCAAAAAUUGCAAGUCAGCUACAAGUGCAGCCAGGUCUUUUACCAGGCAUUGUUCCCGGUGCAAUGGUGCAAGCAUUAGUUCCAAAUGUCUUUCAUCCUCCUAUGCCUAAUAUGGGACCUCAAGCUACUCCUCAAGCUUUGUCUGCUUCUCCCACUGCAGACCAGCCACCUAAUAACAUCCUCUUCUUAACCAACUUGCCUAAAGAAACAAAUGAAAUGAUGUUAUCUAUGCUAUUUACACAGUUUCCUGGAUUUAAAGAAGUUCGCCUUGUACCUGGAAGACAUGAUAUCGCUUUUGUAGAAUUUGAAAACGAGGUCCUUAGUGCAGCUGCUAAGGAAGUAUUGCAAGGUUUCAAAAUUACUCCUAACAAUUCUAUGAAGAUUACUUUUGCAAAAAAAUAAAGCAUGUGUUUUUUUUUUUUUUUACAUCCCUUUCCUUGCUCAUUGUAUUCAUAUAAUGUAUCAUCAUAAGCAUCUGAAGAAAUGUAUACAUCCUGAAUAAAGUUUAUAUGAUUUUUCUCAUGCA